AUGAAGCGAGCGUUUUCUCGAGUUUGGAGUUUUUCACCAAAACAACGACAUCAGAUUCUUACCGGAAGAAUCAUUGAAAGAUCUUCGGCUAGAAGUGUUGCCGUGUUAGCUGCAGCUGGAAUCGGAACUUCACUAGGAGCUUAUGAAUUGAUAAGGACUGCAAAAGCUGGAAUUCUUGAUGGGCCAGAUGACGCGUCUCGUCACAAUGUUCAAACCGAUCACAAGCUCACAAAAAGAGAACUAAGGUUUCUUCAAUUCGCCUCUGUUGAGUUUGACGAUGUCAUCUACAUGAGUCCAAUGGAUUUCAUUGAUUCUCUCACUCUGGAUGCUCCACGAGAACGAGUUUAUCGAAGAGUUUUAAAGGAAAAAGAUGUUACACGAAUUCUCAAAAAGACUCCACCGUUUCGAAGUGGAAGUAAACAUUUUUUCCGAACGAUGGAUCAGAAUGGAUUAAUUUCGUACUCUGAAUAUAUAUUUCUUCUUACUCUUUUGACAAAAUCAAAAGCAGCUUUCCGUAUUGCAUUUUUAAUGUUUGACGAAGAUGACAACGGUAAUAUAGAUCGAGAUGAAUUUAUGCUGAUUCGUAGUCUAACGUCUUCACUUCGCUCAACAACACGUGUCCAGCCAUCGAAAGCUUCAGAAGACGAUGAGGUACAAGAUUCUUGCCAUCUCGAUGCCGCCGAUUAUCACUUCGCCGUCAGUCGCAUCGGUGCGGAUCGUCUAUUCACUGGAGCUGAUUCAUAUGCUGUUAUGUUCACCAAAAGUGAAGAAGAGGUCCGGAAGCAAGACACAACACUGCUUCUCCAUUUAUUUGGACUAAGAGGAAACGCAACUCUUAGUUUCGAUGAAUUCCAACAAUUCUACGAGAAUUUGCAAGAAGAGCUCAUGGAAAUUGAGUUUUACGAGUUUGCCCGUGGAAAAAGCACGAUUUCGCCAGUCGACUUCGCUCGUCUUAUUCUUCGAUACAGUAUUGUCAAUUUGGAUGACUAUCAUAAAUAUCUUCAACGAGUUCAAGAAAAGUCGGCUGAUGAUGAACAAGGAAUCACUCUACACCAAUGGGCGACAUUCAGUCGAUUCCUAAACAACUUGGCGGAAUUUCAAAGUGCUGUCCGAUUGUAUAUCAACAGUAAUGUGCCUGUGUCGGAACCGGAGUUCGCGAGAGCUGUUGGUUGUACAAUAGGAAAAGAGCUCGAUCCUGUCGUUGUCUCGAUGAUAUUCCGAAUUUUCGAUGAAAAUAAUGAUGGAACACUAUCGUAUCCUGAGUUCCUCGCUGUUAUGAGUGAUCGUCUUCAUCGUGGACUUCGUGGACGACUCGAGAAACCAUGGGGUUGGAAACCAUUCAAAAAUUGCAUUAUUAAUGAAGUAUCCCGUGCUUAG